AUGACUUCAAUAUCCCCUCAACCAUCUCCUCCCUUGCCAGGACCCUCUUCAACAAAAGACACCUUCACCUACCCACCCCACCACUCCUUCCCCCCCUUCUACACCCUCCAACCAAACCAAUCAACACUAACCCGCCAACUCUCCCUCUGGUCCACCCUAAUCCAAUCCCACCACUCCCACUCCCACCUCUUCAAACUCCACCUCAGCACAGCCCCUUCCCUCCCCUUGUUCACAAACCCUCGUAUCCACCGCUCUCUCGACCCCCUCAGCAUCCGCAAAAUCCUAGACUACAUGUCCACAGCAGAUGGAGAUUUUCGUGCAGAGUGGACGAACAAAGAGAAAUCUGCGGCGUGGAUCUGGUGGAGGACUGCGGCCGAGUGGGCUGAUGCCAUUCAUCAUUGGGUCGAGGAGACGGGCCAGAAGGGGGCUGUGUUGACGAUUUAUGAGUUGAGAGAAAGUGAGGCCGUGGAGAGGCAGGAGUGGGUGGGUAUGGAUGAGGAUAUGUUGAGGAAGUGUUUGGAUGUUUUGGUCAAGAAGGGAAGGGCGCAGGUUUUUGGCCAGGCGGAUGGGGCCGGUGUCAAGUUCUUUUGA